ACAAAUAUACUUGAGAAGAAGUGAAUAUAUUAUCAUUUGAAAAUACUUUGAAAAGUACAAAUCCCUUAAAACACAUCAAUUUACAGUCAAUUUACCUAGACAGGUGGGCGUGGGGUACAACCUAACGGAGGGUAAAAUCCAGCACAGUUUUUGUUUCAUCCAGUAAAACUGGUCCUAGUAAAGUGUGCUUUUGACCAUGUUUUUGUUUUCCUAUAUUUGUACAGCAGCUGGACAGAUACUGCUCUAAAUUCAUCCUGAAGACACUUUUUAUGCCAUGAAGUGAACUUUUUUUUCAGAAGUGUUUUCUGAUUAGUGUAUAAGAAUUCAUUAUUUUAGCUAGAAUAGUGCAUUUGAAGCUGAAGCCUGUUUCUAGGCGGUUGUUAAGAUGUUUCUAGGCAGUUUCUAUGGCAUGAGGGGUGUGAACUGAGUGGUUCUUGAGGGGUUGCCAAACAGUCGCUAGUUGUUGUGAAAAAUGAAUGUGAGUCUAUGGGGAUAAAAUAACGACACAUAGAGGACUGGUGGUGGAUUAGAACUUGGGAACCUGCCCUGAGUGAAUACAUGCAGUUUGGUGGCUGUCAGUCAAAGAAAAAUUAAGAGACGUAAAUAAAAGGAAAGUGAUGGGAAAAAAAAGACAAACAGGUGAGUGCGGGUCAGAACAACAUUGAAUUCGUGCUCGAGGACCUGCCUUGAGAUAGUAUAUUUGAAACUGAGUAUUUCGGUCGAGCAGAGGUACGGUAGAUGGACGUACAAUUUUUUACCCUAUUCGUUCCUGUGGGGAAAAAAAAUCUGGAUUUAAUGAAGAUUGUACGAAAACUGCAUGUUGGAUCAAAAAACUGUGUACACGCACACCAUUCCCAAUCAGACCGAACAUUCUGGAGUUGGAACAGUGUCGAUAUCUCAAAAACUGCGGGAUGAGUUGCCGGACAAAAAUAAGGCAGAAAAAGAAGAAGAAUGUAAAUUGGAUAACAAUAAUGUUGCAUAUUGCUUUUCAACGGCGUAAUCACUAAUUACUUUCUUGGUGGCUGUCAUAUUCACAGUUUUGAAGCAUCCAAUCAACUCACAGUGAGAGCUAAAAUGCAGCCUCUAUACAGCAAAGUAACUCUCAACUAAGCCACCCAAAGUAAGCAAGGAGAGCAGUCCAUAUCCCCCAUAUGAAUUCAAAAUAGUGGUGCUACUCCUGUAAAGUGCUGCAUUUUCUGCGAAAUUAACAAACUCCACUCUGUCAGUCAAUCUUCUGACUUGUGAGAAGCGAUUGGCUGCUAUUAAUAACACAAACUGUGAUGAAACACACGAUUAUAUGUACUGAAAACAUCUGUGUGUGUUCAAAACACUUCAUGCCAGAGGACCUAAAGUUUAGACGACAUCAGACACAGACUGGAACCUUUUGUGGACACCCAAGAGUUGAGCACUCCUCUGGUGUGAGCAAUGGUGUUGGACCCAGAGUGUACGGCGUGGUGCAGCGGACGGGCGAGCAGCAGCAGCAGGAAGUGACGGCCCGCGAGUGGCCGGUCAGUCACUUGAGAGAUGAGAUGAGGUACAUCAGAGAGGUGCGGGACUCCUUAGAAAAGGUCCGAGAGCGGAUGUACGGCCAGUUUGGAGGAAUGCAGCAAUCCAUGCAGAAACUCUCCCAAGAAUUAAGGAUGGCGAACUCUCAGAAGCGUUAUUUGGAGGCGGAGGUGAAGACAGGAAGGCAGGCCAUGCAGAGUUUUGAUCAGAUGAACAGCUCUCUCAUAUCAGCCAACAUCGACUUGCAGAAAGCCCUGUUGGAGAGCUGUAACGGUCGUGUGGGGAACAGGGAGGAGAUGAGAGCUCUGCGUAGCUCCUUCGAGAAGACUGAAGAGAGACUGAGGGAACGUGAGAAGCAGCUAGCCGCUGCCCAGGCCGAAAACCAGGCGCUAAAACUACAGGUGGCAUCGUCUCAGGAGGCCAGUGCGCGAGCGAUGAAGGAGAUGAGUGCUAAACUGCAGCAACAGUAUGAAGAACAGCUGCAGGAACAGCAGAGGAAACACAGGCAGGAGAUUGAAGCUCUGCAGGCCCAGCUGGAGGAGUACAUGAGGCGACUGGAAGCGGCUGAGAGGAACGUGAAGCUGGCAGAGGAGAAAAUUGCUGAGAGGGAUCAGAGGAUCAGCGAGGUGGAGCGACUGCUGGACUGCAUGGCUCAGGAGAAGAGCCAGCUAACCCAGAAACUCUGUGACUGUGAAAAGCGCUUGCGCACUUUGGAUGAAGUAGACUCAGGUGUUAAGAAAAGGACUGAGCAGGUAGUCAUACAGAAAGAGGCAUCGGAGCUGAAAGAGAGAAUAAAGCACCUGAAUGACAUGGUGUUCUGUCAGCAGAGGAAGGUUAAGGGUAUGAUAGAAGAGGUGGAAACGCUGAGAGCUAGUGUGGCUCAGAAGGACAUGUACAUAUCGGAGCUGCUAGACAGGAUAGCAAUUGUGGAGUGUGAGAAUAAUGAGUUAGAAGACAAGCUGAAGUAUUUUAUGUCUGUACAGAACGCAACCGUGAAUAAACCCCUCACCAGAGAGAUUGGAGUUGGCUGCGACUUGCCCAUAAGCCGACCUGACACUCAGGUCUAUGAGACUCCAGUCCAGACCAGGUCAGCUCCAUCAGCUCCAUCGGCACCAAGACCUCCGAGCAGACUGGACUACAGUUUACUCCGGUACACGCCUCUGCAGUACAGCAGCAUGCUCUCGUCAAUCACACGGGACACUGCAACAAGUCCUUUGGAAACCACAGCAUAUUCCAAUCCAGUUCAACCUCAUAAUGAAGAAGCAACAUUGCCAACAUCCUCAGACUCUGAACUGUCGUCCUCCAGCAGUAACCAAGCCAGAUCAAGCCCAUCCAGAAUCUACACACCUUUUAUGAAGCUCAUGGAGAUUACAGCUAACAUAAAGGUGGAUUGAAGUGAAGUACAUGAAGUGAAUGAUGUGAUGCUCUGAAUUGGAAAGUAUGAACUAUUUGUAUUUCCUAUUCAUUUUGUAACAUAUAAAUUAUCUCCUGAUCUGUGAAUAACUUAUUUUAUUAUUUUAAUAGCAUGUGUUGUUGCACUUUUUCCCUCUUUGUUUACAAAAAUAUAUGAUAGAGUUUUAUGGUAUGGAAAGUCCUCUGUAUUUUACAGUUACAGGAUAUUUUUAUUUGUUUUUUUUUUCUUUAUAAUUUUUUGGCUCGCUUUGAAUCACUUUCAUACUUAAAUAUAAUUUUGUGUGUCAAUUUUCACAUUGUACACAUUUCACAUUUCAUGCUUAAUACUUUCCCUGUCAAACAAAAGUGACUACACUGGGUCUAAUACAACACUAAAACAGUGGAUGGUGGAUGUAAGAUGGAUUAAAGGGGAAUUCCACUGAUUUUUUAAAAUUUCAGCCUAAUGAAGUUGUUAAGAUAUUAACAAAGUCAUGCUGUAGUUUGCUGUGAAGUGUGCCAUUCUAGAUAGAUUUACAGAUGCAGAAUUGUUCACAGUGGUGGUGAUAGGAACCAAAUGUUCGAAGCAUGAAUGUCUCUAAAAGCUCCCACAUAUAAAGUUAUUACAUAUAAUGGUUUUGAAUACACUGCCUGGUGCGUGAGAGAUUGUUUUGAGAAGCUUUUGGCCUAAAACAUAUAUUUUUUAAAGCCAUUCAUGGUGGACAGGUACGUACACUGUGUUGUACGGCAAAAUAAGCCCCCAAAAAAUAUAUAUUUUUUUUUAGAUUUAUCACUAUUUUACAUCAUCAACAUUACAAAUAAAAACUCAGAAGACACGUAAAGUGGCUGUAUUUGUGUUGCAGACAUUGAGACCCCUGGUUCCUAUCAGCUCCACUGUUAAAAGUCUUCUCAGUGCACCAUUUUCACAUCAGACCACUCUCAAUGACUUUGUAUCUCAAUGUCAAUGUUUUUUAAUUGUUGGAGUUCUUCUUUAAUAAAAGUGUGCCAUCAAUUCAUUUUCACUGCCAGAAGUAAACAGAGAGAGACUAAAUCCCUCGAUGUUGCCACUGUAAGUGUGUAUUUGUGAGGGUAGUCCUAUAAUAAAGAGAUCAUCAGCACAACACCGAGAGCUUCUGACCUGCUGUCACUGAAAACAUCUGACAAGAAUCUUCUAGAAGACAUGAAAAGCCACUACAGCACUACAGCGCCAUCUUGAGGAAAACGAGCAGAGUUUACAAAUCAGAGCUCUGAAAGCAGCAGCAGACAUAUAUUUAUCUCAAAUCACUUUGUGUUAUGUUUUUGUUCUUUUAUAUACGACAAAUAACUCAUACAAUGUGUAUUUGAAUAUUACAACAACACACCAUUGUAUUUUUAUAAGUUUAAUUAAAUAUUUUAAGA